AUGUCUAAGAUCGCCCUCAUCCUUGGUAGCUCACGCACUCCUAGCAAUGGGAGAGGUAUUGCAUCCUGGCUGACCUCUGUCCUCAAAAGCCGUUUCAACAACUCCCCGACACCUAACGCUGAUAUGGAAAAGAAGGUCAACAACCUAUAUCGCGUUUGUUUCGUCGAUCCCACAGUUUCCCCUCUUCCACUCGGUCCUAUCGUCGAUGGGUCCUACAUGCCGUCCGACAUCCACAACCCCGACAAAUACCCAUCUCCUGCCGUACAGCAGUGGAGCACGUUCGUUUCCUCGUGCGCUGGGUUUGUCGUCCUCAGUCCGCAGUACAACUGGGGCUAUCCUGGCGAACUCAAGAACGUGUUCGACCACCUGUACUGGGAGUGGCGGGGUAAACCCGUCAUGCUUGUGACCUACGGCGGUCACGGCGGGAAUAAAAGUGCCACCCUGCUUAGAGAGGUCCUCGGGGGCGGAUUGAAAAUGAAAGUAUUGAGCAAGUCCGUGGAGAUCACUCUUCCUUCGGCAUAUAUCAAAGGCGAGGAGUGGGUGACUGGCGCCCACGUUCCCGAAUUUAUUGCUAAACACGAGUCGUCGGUGGGAGAAGCCCUUGAAGAAAUGCUGCAGCUGCUUUCCGCGAAGGCUUAA